GACUCAUCUUCCUUUUGGUUUCAGGUGAGAUGGGCCCCAUGCAUGUCUUUAAAAAGAGUUGCGGUAUGGGCACUCUGUUUGCAAUGAUCCAAAGCGAGGAUCUCUUAAUCGUUGGGAAACCGUCGUCAACACCGAAGGAUAUCUUUUCCUGGACAGCGGUGUGCCUGCCUGGAGAUGGCUCUUCAAAUUUUGAUCUAUGCGGCGUUCUUGUUAUGUACCGCAGGCUUGCGAGCAGCACCGCUCGAACCAACGUCGGGAUUACUAUUCGGCGCAUGGCUGGAUACUCACCCAAACCAAGACACCCCAGCCGCGUUCAACAAAAGGCUAGGGCUCAAUGCGACUCUGUUCCAGAUGGCAUUAGAGAUCCCAAUCAACCCGUCCGAAGCUCUACCCACCCAUCUCUUAGACGGUCUUGGUGGUAAUCCCAUUCUUUUACUCACGCUGUUCCCACGAUUCAACUACACCUUCUCCGGAACCGGCAAUGAUGCUUUUUACCAGAUUGAGAGAGGUACUGUCAUAUUAGAGGUGGCCAAUCUGAUCGCGGGAUACGCCGCGAAUGGACGGCGGGUCAUGGUCCGUAUAGCAUCGGAGAUGAAUGGGAAUUGGUACGCGCAUGGACAAAGACCUCUGCGAUACAAAGCGCUAUGGCAGAAGAUCGUGACGGCUGUGCGCACUCGAGUGGCAUCAGUAACGACUUCCGCUGACUCCGUGGCGUUCUUGUGGUCGCCAAAUACGGGCAAUGGAUAUCCGUUCUAUGGGGGUUCUUUCGCCCCGUUCACCAGCUCAAAUGGACCAUACAAUCGAAGCACCAGCGUCAACGCAACCGAAUUCGCCGCGUUGGACACCAAUGGAGACGGUGUUCUGGACAAUCAGGAUGAUCCAUACGAUCCCUAUUGGCCAGGCUCCGACUACGUCGAUUGGGUUGGUGUUUCCCUAUACUACUUCGGAACCGUUUUCCCUUGGAAUGCCAAUGUCGUCCCGCCAAGUACAUAUAUUCGCAACAUUUUGGACGGCGUUCAAGGUGUAGAGACGUCCGCAGCCAACCGUACCAUCUCAGAAUUCGAUUUCUACGACAAGUACGCAUCGUCUCGAGGGUAUAACAAGCCAAUGAUGAUAUCGGAGACCGCUUCCGCUUUUCAUGUUUAUUGGUACGGGUACCCGAACGUCACAAUCGACCCGGGGCCGGGGGAGCUGGCGAUAAAGCAAAGCAUAUGGCGGGAAUACAUUACCAACGAAACGUUCUUCGCUGCACACCCCCGCAUCAAAGGCAUUUGCCUCUUCGAGUGGGCCAAGAACGAAGAGCAGACGUUCCGGGACUACCGUAUCACAUGGAAUUCCACGAUUCUCAACGCGUUCAAAGCUGAUUGGCUUCCCAUGACGCAGACACGUUAUCUUGCAAAUGCCACUGCCGUUCCCGCGAAGAACGACACUUCAAAGGGUGGGUCAACGGGUGGUUCAACGGGGGGUGGCAGUGGGUCUCCGCCACGCGACACUUUCGUGUCCGGCAGCGUGCAGGUGUCUGGAGUCACAACUGCGAUUAGCGCCGGGUUUAUUCUAUAUGCAGCAUUCCGGUACCUUGCAUGAUAGGCUAGACCUUGCUGUGACAGUUAGUUGAUUUUUUUCCUUACAUGAAAUUGCGAAUGUUAAGAGGGAUGUCGUGGCUCCAGAUCCCUUCACGCUCGUUCCCUGUUCUAUGCCAUGUGAGAUCGAUAACAAAUUCCGCUGGAUAGCAGCGUAUGCUUCGCACUCAGAGACUAUCUCCCGGCCGACGGCUAUUGCCAGUAUCUCUGUUGGCAAUGU